GAUAUGUCCUGUUGAACAACUGCAUGAAGAGUGUAAUUGAUGUUUAUAUACAUUUUUUAAAUGGGGUGUUGUUUAAGCAGUUGUUCGUUGAUAAUCAUGACUUUAACAGGAAUAUUUAUUUCCAUCAUCAAGGUGAAAGAUGCCGACCUCUCGGGACCCACAAUUCUUAACUCUGUCCCUGCACAUGAACCACCUCUUUGGGCUGUCUUUGGGUCGACAAUAUUUCUGACAGCCUUUAAAGGCAACCGGGAUGCGGUCAGAGAAGUUCAGUGUGUUCUCAGUGAGCACCCAUAGACAGUUAAAGAAAGUGAGCACCGUGGUGAGCAUCACUCUAGUAUAUUUUAUUUUCGGCGGGCGCCCUAACAGAGAAAACAUGUCACGGUGGCGCCAUCCAUAGCAGAAAGCUGGUGGCUGGAGGGAAGACAGGACACACCACCGAUUUUUAGACCUCUAUCUACCACCAGGACAGAAUGGCAGCAAAUAAAGAAGACUCUGACGAUAUUUUUGCCAACGAGGAGGAGCUCGAGAAGGCUUUGUGUGUGCUGGCUGGAAGCGACCCAGAAAACUGCUCUUAUUCUCGGGGCUAUGUGAAGAGACAGGCUGUGUUUGCUUGCAACACCUGCACUCCCAGUGCAGCAGAGCCUGCUGGGGUUUGUCUGGCCUGUGCCAAUAAAUGCCACGAUGGACAUGAUAUCUUUGAACUGUACACCAAAAGAAAUUUUCGCUGUGACUGUGGAAAUAGCAAGUUUGGGGAAUUCAAGUGCCAGCUAAUUCCUGCCAAAGAUGAGGAAAACGUUAGAAAUCACUACAGUCACAACUUCAAUGGCUGUUACUGCACGUGUGAUCGGCCGUAUCCAGAUACAGACGAUCAGUCCAACGAUGAGAUGAUUCAGUGUGUCAUCUGUGAGGAUUGGUUUCAUAGCAGGCAUCUGGGCUGCACUACAGUAGAACCUGAGGAGCUGCAAGAGAUGACAUGUGAGGCCUGCAUGAACAAGGUUCCUGUCUUGUGGACAUAUGCUGCUCACUUUGCAGUACCACCUGUGGUCAGUGAUCCUGAGGAAGAGGUAGAAGUCGAGGAAGGAGCAGAAAUGGAAGAAGCCCCUGAGUCUAGUAAAACUAGCGACGAGGAACCAUCCACCAGUGUUGAGCAUACAAAGCAGGAGAAAGCAGCAAGCAGGAGUUCCCCUUGCAAACGGACCCAUGAGGCAAUGACAGGCAGCCCUGCAAAGGCCAUGACCAAAACUGUUGUGUGCAGGCUGAAGGAGCUGCAGGCCAAGGGCCUGGAGAGGCCAAGACAUGGAGCGGUGUUCUGGCCUUACAGUUGGCGCUCCAAGCUCUGCACCUGCAUGAGCUGCAAGAGGAUCUAUGUGGCUGCCGAAGUGCAGUUUCUUAUGGAUCAGUCCGACACCAUUCUGGCCUACGAGAACAAAGGCUUGGAUGAGCCAUUUGGGCAGCACCCGCUGAUGGCACUGACAAGCUCAAUGGACCGUAUACAGCAGCUGGAGGUCAUUUACGGUUUCAACGAGCUGUCAACUUCGAUGACUGCAUUUUUAGAACAGUGUGUUGCUGAAGGAAAGACGGUCACAGUCGAAGCUGUACAUCAGUUCUUUGAGGAGCUGCGGGCUAGAAAAAGACGAAGGACCAACGCAGGAUACCAGUAA